AUGGUUUUAGUUACUCUGAAUCACCUUUUGCUUCUUUUUAGCUUAUCCAAUAUUAUACUGGCCGCAGAAAUGCUGAUCGGCUACCGACGAGUGAGCCGGGCCGAAGCAGACUUGAUCAAUCAAUAUGGAAACAUUUUCCGGGACGAAGCAUAUGAUAAAGCCGCAUCUGAGAAUGGAGGAGCCCAGCUUGGGGCUGGUGUUUACCUCUCUUUGUCACCGAAAGGCUAUAAUGCCUAUAAUAAUGACUGGUGGUGUUGGGUUCUGGCACAGUCAAAACCAUUUACUGCCGCACCAAAGGUCUGGAUUCCUCGCUCCGAAUGGGAUAAGGAUGAGGAGAAAAUUUCGGCCUAUACGCAGGAUCAUUUGAAGGAGGGGGAAACCUCAACCUACGCUAUCAGGAUGGCCCAGGUGAAAGACUACUCCGAAGGGACUUGGCAAAUCUUGAUACCUACAAGAAUGGUUCAGGAAGAUAAACUAGACACUAGGGCGGAGUGUGUCGCUAACUACCAUGAUAUGUGGUAUACAAAGGCGGUUUCCUUUGAGCAUUGGUAUAACAUUCGUAACGCUUAA